UACAGCAUCCCUCUCCCUCUUCCAGAGAUAUGAAGACGCGUGUGCAUCGGAUCUUCCCACGGUUGGCUCAUAACUGUCUAUGAUACGUCAGAGAUGCAUCUUUUGAAUCCGGUAACUGGAGUGCAAAUCCAGCUCCCCUCUAUCACCACUCUACCCUAUGUCUGCGACUACGCAGAGGUUGACCGUCCCUUAUUUCUCUACAAGGCAAUCCUGUCCUUGCCUCCUCUUGCUGAUGGUAGCGGUGACUUCACAGUUAUUCUUCUCCACAACCCUUUUAGGCUGUACGACGAGGAUUACGAUGGUUUUAGUAACAUGGCAAUCGCGAAAGUUGGAGAUAAUAGCUGGACUUCAUUGCCACGAGCAUCUCAUGGCAGUAUCGCGGAUAUCAUCCCCCACAAAGGACAACUGUAUGGUGUGGAUGUAGGAGGGGUACUCCAUGUAUGGGACCAUCAUCACCUUACAUCUGGUCCCAAAUCCACUCUAGAAAUACGAUUUUAUUGCGGCAUGACCAAACUAUUGGUAGAGUCCUUGAACGGAAAACUAUACAUGCUAUACAAGGGCCUAUAUUACGAUGCAUUUAUGGCCAUUAGGCUCGACGCGGAUAACCCUGAAUUCAACCCUGAGGAUGAUCUCGGGGACAAUGUCUUUUUCGUUGGUUCAAAUACCUCAUUUUCCGUCUCUGCAACAAAAUUUCCUGAGCUUGGAGGGAACUGCAUCUACUUCACAGACGACAAAAACUUUGACUUUGACCACCUCAAACACAAGCCACGUGAGAUGGGUGUGUUUGAUGUGAAGAAUUGGAGCAUGAAGCCUAUACCCAAUCUUGGACAGCACUUGCAUUGGCCUCCCCCUAUAUGGAUCAUUCCUACCUUAUUCUGAAAGACUUGUAAAUGACUAGCUUGGUUUUGUACCGAAAGA